GUGGAGUGCCUUUGAAUUGAGGUCACGGCGAGAGUCAACGCCGCUUCUUCCAUUGCGCUAAUAAUCCGCCGGUGGUCGUCUCCCCGGGCAGGAAUUACCGCGACGGCAGUGGGACAUCUAGUCGGCCUUUCGCAAUAUUUUAAUGGAAGCAGCCCACUAGCUCUUAACCUUCUUCUUCGUCUUUUUCUCUGGAAUUUAACUACUCUCCUUCCCCUGUUUUUUGGAAUCCAAGUUGAGCCGGUUAACUGUCUCGAAAUCGAGACGAAGAACUGUUGAAUUUCCGAUCUGCCGGUGCCCUUCCUGCUGCUCUCUCGCUCUCUCUCGACGGUAGUGAUCAAUGGCGGCUGUGGGCUUUCGUUUCCACCCGACCGACGAAGAGCUCAUCGCCCAUUACCUGAAGCUUAAGAUGAACGGCCACGAUGCCCUAGUCGAUCAAGUCAUGGGCGAAGUUGAUGUCUACCGCUUGGAACCAUCGGACUUACCCUAUCAUUCGCUGAAUGGUUCGUCGGAGGACCAAGUGUGGUAUUUCUUCUGCCGUCCCGAUUACAAGUACAAGAACAGUAGAAGGGCCAGCAGGGUGACUGAGAGUGGUUUCUGGAAAAUCACCGGAAAGCCCCGUUUCAUCUUGGCCAGAGAUUCUGGCGACAAAAUUGGGGUGAAGAAGACUUUGGUUUUCUUCUACAAAGCCCGCGGCGAUGAUGCUAAACCCAUUAGUACCGACUGGGUCAUCCACGAGUACAAUGCCACAGAACGCCUUCCUGAUCAGAGGGAGUAUGUUAUCUGCAAACUGAAGCACAAAGGGGAUGAUUGGACCAAGGGUAAAGUUAGCAUUAAUGGUGAACUUAGUCAUGCUACACCUGUUUCUGAUGUGGAAAAUUAUGGUCCUGCAAUCCCAGUGCAAGAAUCAGCUCCUGCAAUGCAAUCACCAGUAUGCUUUGAGGAAGGUAUAUCCAUCGAUGAUUUCUUAGAGAACAUUGACUUCACGGAAAAAGCUAAUAACGGGUCGACCUUUAGAUUUGAGUCUGAUGAGGAAGUGGAUCCAGACAGUUAUCUUGUUUUCCCGGAUGAUAGCUCCACUAUGCAUGCUCUCCCUAAUGACCAUACACCUGAGAAGUCACUGAGCACGUAUCAUCCGGAAGAUGGCAUUGCACAGGUUAACGUGAUUAACACAGUAUUUCCUGAGAUUUGCGAAGUUCUCUCUGAAGUUGAAGCUUCUUCCACUAUGGUUCCGUGGGAGGGUGCAGGAGCUGCUUAUACACGAUCUUCAACUCUCAUGCCCCCCACAAAUACAAGUUACAUAAAGGCAGCAAGAAAAGUUGAGGAGACAACUGGGCGAUUGACUAGAGCUGCAGAAGCUGGGAAGGGAAGACGACUUCCAGAAACCACAAGAUCCACAAAGUCCGUCUGCUUUGCGAUGGCACAGCAUUCAGGACUGAAGUUGAGCCCGGCAACUUCAGCUGCUGAAGUGUGCAAGAGACCUGUUUCAAUCAUACAAAUGGUGGAGAUUCCAGCAAGUCAGGUGCUAAGUCCACCAACUGUAUAUAUCGCCAACAUACUGGUGGCUCUGCUGGUAUUCGCAUUCUUCAUCUCCGACCUGCCUUUUCUUCGUUGAAAGAUGCUAGCUUUCGUCCACUCGCGUUUGUCAGAAGUGGAUUCGUAGGCAAAAGAGUAUACGAAGAUCCAUAGCCCGCUUUUUUGUGUAGGCUGUCGGCCGUCGGGGUAUAUAUAAGUACAUAAGUAUAGAGUGCAUAGGUAUAUGGUACGACAUAGUAGAGUAGAGUGCUGCAACUAAGCAAUGUUUAGGGUCGAGAAAUGUGAAGAACACUAUGCUUUUUGUUAUGUGCUUAAAUAUAACCAUCAUCCCUUCUCUAUACUGAA